AGGCGUCGUGUCGAAUUGCCUGAUGCCGACACUCGUCCUCGUGGCGAACUAAAUAGUACGCUAACGUACACGGACGCGUCUAAAAGAUUCCGUCUCUGCCUUCGUUUCACUAGUUUUGUCUGUGUUUUCUUUGGGGAGUCAUUUGAAUCGCGGUCCGUAGAGAGCGAGAAACGAACACUUUUAUUCCCCCUUUCGCGAGUAAGACCUGCAGGUUUCGAUUGCCCUGAAUACGAGAAAUGGUACAGACGACCAAACACAAACGGAGGACUUUAUGACUCAGCUGAGGCUUCUGAGGAUGGAGUUCGUUAUCGCCAGGGACUGGAGUUGAAGGAUAUGAAUGAGGACCACAUCAUUUAAUUUACAGGUAACCACGCUUGUCGUGCUGGCAUUAAUACCAUGGCCUGGCCCUACUGUGUUUAAGAUAUCAUGUCCACGCGAUCAUGCAUCUGUUGUGCGGAAGGUUGUUCAGAAGAAAUGGAUACCAGUGUUGGAGAAAUAUCAAGUCUCAAUCCCUCUCGAGUGUCCCUUUCAUCCUGUGAGAGACAUAUAUUGGCCUCAACAAUCUGCCAAACAGCAACAUCGGUCUUCUCAGUGGACAUGUGGAAUAUGUGGGAAAUCAUUUUAUGAAGAACGUUUUCUAGACAAGCAUUUUGACAAUAGGCACAAAAACCAAAUUAAUAUGGCUGAAGAUGCAGUAUGCCUAGCUGAUUAUUGUGACAUCAUGCGAUGUGAGGUACUAAUGACACAAGAAGUAGGAAGUGGUGAAUCAGGAGAAUCCAGUCAGGGAAACACUGACAUUGAAGUGUGGAGUGAGUCAACAGCUUAUCGCACUGCACUGUCACCGUCGGGACCUCGAGACCUUGCUCGUGUGCUGUUUAGGAGAGGACCAUAUACUGAACAUGACAGACAGCCACAGGAAGCACAAGGGUCCACACCAAGUACACAACCCAGUGAGAAUCACUGCCCUCGCACUUCGCAACCACCAACUUCAGAACAGCAUCAGCAGCCUCAAGCGACUUCUGACACUGACACAAAUACUUCUGCACCGGAUACCUGUGACAGCGGAAACCUUGUUGACUCAUCUGUGCCUCCAGGGGAUCGUAAGCAACAAAGACUGAGUGAGCUGCAGAGACUCAAAGCCAACUGCAAACCAGAAGAACUUCAAGGCCUUAAACUUCGGUGUGAGAUUCUUGUGAGAGAUUGCAUAGCAGGUUUAUUAGUAAACUUGUCCAUCCAAAAUUUUAAGGAAGUUGAAGAGGAGUUGAAUCGUGCUGUGUGUUGGUACCUCACUUGUGACCGCUACUGGGAAGAUUCUCCCAAUGAUUCUAGACAUUUUCCUUGGGGCCUUGUUUUCGUGUUGGUCAUGGUGCUUUCUCUUGGUAUCUGCCUCUGCUACUACAUAAUAUGGGUUCUGUUUGAUUCUGAUGACCAAAGUGUUGCCAGCACAAGUGCCACUGCAACGGCUACUUCAUCUCCAGUGCAUCAUGCAAAUUCAACUAAUAGGCCUUUAUACUCAGAGGAAUAUUACACAGUUCCAGAAAUAAAUGAUAUGGGACAAAAUGAACAUUAUAUUUAUGUAACAUAUCCACCAGAAUUAAAAAGGAGAUUGUUAGAAAGCUGCUACAAUAGAACCACAAGACUAUGAGUGGCAAGUGGUCAAGAGUGGAUUUGAGUAAGUGGACUAGUUUGUUGGUCCUACUUUGGAUACAAAAUAAUAAUGGUUAUGGUUUCAGUUUAGUAUACAUUCUCAAAGAGAGAACAAACAUUUUUUAAAUUUUUCUGUAGAGUCUUUUAUUGGUAAUUUAUUCUUCAUUUGAUUUGUGCCAUAUAUGUUACAGAUUGUUUUAGCACUAAAUGAAGAGGGGCAUCCAUAAAUGUAUUACAGAUUAUUGUACUAUCACACUGCAGCUCGAUAAAUGAACAAAGAAGUUCAACAUGCUCAGUGUAAAAUUUAAUAAUUAAUGCUGUAUAGCUUUAGAGUGAAAAUUAAUCUGGAAUAUUGAGAGUUAUAAAACUGUUCACAUUUCCAUAGUCCUUUGCUAGAAAGAAGUAUGGCUCUAUCUGAGAAAGUAAAAUCAUUAUAAAAGCAGUCAUUCACAACAUAAUAUACCAGUUUUCUCCAAGUAUACAUGAUUUAAAGUACGAACAACAUUGUGUGGACACAAAUAAAGGACUGUGUUGUAUUUAUGCACAUAGGAUUUUUUUCUGAGACAUGUCUCUGCUAUUUAAGCCUUGUGGGGACCAGUACCAUUGAUUUAAUGGGCAUGCUGUUUGCAGUGUGAUACCAUAACUACGAAUCAGGAUUUUGUGGUAUCACAAUAAUGUUUAUUUUCACAUUUAUAGUUUAGUCUAAAGCACUUGCUCCUUAUAUAGUAACAGUCCCUCAUGACUACCCAAAAUUCAGGAUGAAUUUGUAGGAGCAAUGUCAAAGAUCUCUUAACAGAUACUUCUUGUUAAAGAAAAGAGUUUGUGGAGAAAUUCUCUUCUAAAUUAAAAUGACAAAUAUUUGAUUUCUCUCAAAUUAAAAAAUGGAUGUUAUAAAUAACAUACUAUAAUAAGGCAACAAAUGACAAGAAUAAAGGUGGAGAAAGGAACAUCGACCAUCUAAAAUAUGGACUUCGUCACUACUACAUUUCUACAUGCAAAGUCAUGUUAGAUACUGGCAAUCCAUUAAACAAUCAUAUAAUGCAGAAUGUCACAAUCAUAGCUUCAAUUUAUCAAUUCUAUGUAGUAGCUCUGUGCUACGAACAUACAUAGGAAUGUAAUUUUGAACUUGUGUACAUGAAUAAUAUUAUGUGAGAAAUAGCCAUACUUACUCUCAGUGAUAAAUUAUAAAGAGAAAACAGAAGUAAAAGAAAUUGUACAACAUUAUAUUCUAGAAUCUAUGAGCGUUUUUUCUGGACUGACGAAAAAAUGAUAACUUUCAUGUUUCAGAUUGCCAUAAAAUUCUGAUCCACUGACCACUCAUGAAUCAAAACUACCCUAUUCAUUAGCUUGCCCUGGCUCUAUAUUAACUGGCAAAACAUAAAAUAUUAAUAUUUCAACCAACAAUCAAAACAAAUGUUUAAUUUACAUGUUUAAGUGAAAUCUCUAUCUGAAAAUCCUGUAUUAUAAUCAUUUUGUAACAGGGGAGAUUCACAGAAAAUGCAUAUAAUCAACAAGAGAUCCAAACAGUGAAAAGCUAUUAAAAUAAUAAUUUGAUGUGAUCUUGUGUAAGAGGCCUGGUCAAUACCCUAUUUUGCUAUGAAAAGAAAAACUACAAGCUGAUGUAAUCUCAGGCAAAAAGCCUAUAUCAGUAGCAUAAAUGUAAUGCAGCUGUAAAGACAUUAUUGGAAGUAAGUACUGUCUCUUUAGAAAAAUCUCUCAGACAAUCAUUUUGCAACCUUCCCUUCUAGAGCAAAUGUUUUGGGCUUAGCGGACAAUGAUUGUUUAUUAAUCUCUCUCCCUCUCCACAUAUUAUUUGCCUCAUUUUACAACUUACAUUUCAUAAACAGGGUGUUAUUUGUUACAUGUACAUCCCUAAUAUUUAGAAAAGAGUUCAACAAGGAAUUUCACAAAUGAUAAUAUAUAUAGUAGAAAAUAUUCUAAUUCCCAUUAGUAUUUCUGACUUAUUCCUGUCGAAAUACUAAAAGAACAACAUUUUUUAGAGAUAUGGAUUCACAUGAAAAAAGGUACAUCAUGUCAUGUCAUUGGACUCAUUCAUGGGCAUCUAAGUUUACUGGUAGCUAAAAAUUAAACAAUCACAAGUAUACGGAACAAUACUCAUCCCUUUGCAUACCAUCAUACACUCAAACCCAUAUUUUGAUAGCUAAAAUCAUUUAUGAAUUAUUAGUAGUGUCCACAUGAUGCAGGACAUGCUAUGGAUUGCAAACACUAACUUCAUAUCACAUUCAGAAGGGUGAGAAGCAAAAGUUGCAGAAAAACUCAUUGUUUUGGUUAAAUAUUGAGUUUUCAAAAUUGAAAAUCCAUCCAGUUGAAGUUAAAUGUGUUUCCUUUCGAUGCAUGGAGUUCUUGUUGUGAACACUUUGUGUUCCAUUUAUUAACAAUAAUAUAUUCCUGCAGGCUGUACCACAAACACUUUAAAUUCAUUUACUGGGAAGUAUUUUUUUCCCACCAGUGUAUAAUUAGCACUCCAUGUUUUCAACCUAUAUAUUGCGUGUGCAAAUACACUGACCUCCAUGAUUUUUCAUUUUUAUCUUCAUCUGUUCUCAUUUUCUCAGUUUUCAUUUCCUUGCAUUUCUCAUCAUUCAUCAACACUCUUCUUUGACUGUUUAGAUUUUAAAUUUACAGUCUUUCUUCUUCGUAAGCUGUUACUCAUUUUGUUUCCUAAAUGAAUUAUUAAUUUAUUUGACAUUUGAAUCAUACCUGUCCAUACUGAUUUUCUAUGUAACUAGUUCGUAAUGAUUGUUCUUCUGUUUAUCAUUUACUCUAACAUUUUCUGCAAUUCUUCAUUCCUGUAACACAGAAUGUUUGCUCUGGAGCAUUGAAAAUCUGUAUUAGUUUGAAGGACUUACUCUUUACAUUGUGUAGGCAUGGUGUAUUUUAAUCAGUUGUUAUUAAUGCCUCAGUUUUGUAUUUGUAUUUCCUGUCAACUUACACAGUUGUAAUAAAAUCAUGUGUUCACAGAUCAAUUAGACACAAUGCUGAACAGCUCACAAACAAAUUUUACAUGUUUUACUGUUGUCUAGGAGAGAAGAAUUACUACAUUUAUAUUUCUGGUUUCAGUAAUGUCUAUGUGUUCUGUAACUGCACAUUACUUAAGCUGUUACAUUCUGAUGCAAAAGAGAGAAUUUCACGAAAAAAUUUAGUUUAGAAUAUGUUAUAAUCAUCCAAAUUGGCAUUAUGCUGCAUUAUGCUAACAUUUGGGAGAUAUUUGAAAUAAUUACAAAAUUAUAAGAAACUCUCUAUUUCUUUCUUUAAGAAAUUGAAGGCUGAGCAAAUUUAUAGACUGUUUCAAUCUUUGCUGUAGAAAUGAGUCAAUAUAAUUUAUGAGUGUUCAGUUAACAAUUCUGCAUAUGAAGAAGUGCUGUAGGACUUAUCAUUCACAUAAUUCUAGUACUGCCAUUAUUAAACAUAGAGCACUGACUAAAGAAGACUUAAAAUUACAAACUUUCUGCUGAAUUCCUAAGCAUAAUUAUAAAAAAAGAUGAAAACAGUAGGCACAAAUACUAGUGAACUAGUGUCAUACUGAUGAUUCCCAAAUACACAGGAAUUUGUUAUCUUUCCCAAAAAUGACUGGAUCUAGUUAGUGCAAAACUAUGGAAUACAAUUGUUGAUAUAGAGGCAAUUUAUAGACAAGAUAACAGUGGGUGAUAAACAAUGUAGUUGCUCUUCUGUUCGAACUGUGCUACAUUGUAAAUUACAACCCUGACAUAUCGAGAAAAUUUAAAAUCCUGUACUCAUGCUUGAAUAUGAGUAUAGGUGUACUGUUAAAACAAAUGAAUUUGUAUUGGAGUCAAGUCUUCCUCUGCAUUACUUGAGCAGCAGGCAGAGACAGCUUAAGGAAUAUUUUAUUUCAACAUCCAUGAAUGGUUUCUUCUACAAAUGAUUUUGCAUCAAACUGAGCUUCCUUUUUAAUUACUAAUUUGUUCUGCUAUGUUAAAUACUAAUUAGAUUUACAAGGAAAUAUCCUCUUCUUUGAACAUUUUGUUUUUUUGAAUUUAAUCAUUAAUUUUCACACCUGUCACAUGCUUUCUACAGUGAAAGGAGCAGUUUCACUUACACCAAUACUAAUAAUUCAGAUUGUGUGUGUAUUUUGCACAUAUAUAUGUAUGCACACUUUUAUCUGAUUAACACUCUGGGAAAACUGUCACUUGUUUUGUGCAGUUAUAUUGAAUUACAGUUGUGAUGAAGAAAACUGAUAAAAAUACGAACAUUUUUUUGUGUAUAAUGCAAUAAAAUUGUUGAUACAUUUGCUAGAUACGUUUGAAUAACAGAUAUAUUAAUGGUACAUAUACUAUGAUUUUCAUCACAUACCAGAUAAUAAAGUUGUCUGCCAGCUCUUGACUGAUUGCAGUGAUAAAUUUAAAAUGUGUUUUCUUCCAGAAUGUCUGAAAAUAAUAUUUUGUGGCUAAAAUUCAUGUUUUUGGAAGCACAAAAUUAAAACAACAAUUGUUAUUUAGAUUGUAUUUAUUAUAUGAGUAUAUUACAGCUUUACAGUAAAAUAUAAUAGUGAUGCACAUGGCAUGAAUGGUAGAGAUAACUUUGGCAUACAAUGUUCCUUCUCAGAAUAUCUCACUUUUAAAUGUAAAUUUUAUAAAAAAUGUCUAAUGGUUACUGCAAGAAAACACCAUUCUUUUGGAAAUAAAAGGAAAUGCUUUCA